UUGAGUCCAGGUGUGUGCAGUCAGUAAUGCGGUGAGCUUGAGCGUGUGAACUGGGAGUUGGAGUCCAUGGUAGCCAUAUUUGUAGUCGAUGGUAGCCAUAUUUGUAGUCGGAGGUGCAUGCUGGGAAAUGGAGUCAGAUGCCAAAUUCUGUGUUGACAUGGCAGACACAUCAUCCUCUUUUGUGUAAGAAGACUGCUAUACAUGAUCUUGUUUGGGACUUUUGUGGUCCCAAAUUUGAAGUCUCCUGUCUUCAUGUAAAAAACAAAGUGUGAAUGAGUGUGUAAAGACCUUCCUGUUCACCAAGGACUUGUUCACAUACUUCACAGCGCGCUGCAUAAAGGGGAAACCAUGACAAGUAGUUAGGAACUGGGCUGAGAAACAAGAGAUUAGGGAUUAAACGUACUGAAACAUAAGUAUUUUCAUAAAAAUUCAUUUUGAAAUGUUGUACUUCAUAUUGUAUUCAGUAGAUUGUGAGUUUUUGUAUGUUUGUUUCUGUAGGCUGUUCUCUCUCUGGUGAUAUUCUGACAGUAAUCACAGGACACACAGGUGGUUCAGUGCUGUUCCCCUGCUCCUGCUCUGACCUGCACACCAAACCUCAGAGAUUCACCUGGUGGAGCUACAGAACAGGACCUCUGACAGAAGUGUUAAAUGAUGAACACUACCGUGACAGACUUCAGCUGUUUAAUCACAUUUCUCCUGCUAAUCUGUCUCUGCUCAUAUCUGACCUGAGAGAAGCGGAUCAGGUAGACUACAGGUGCAGGACUGAGAAGGAAUACAGAGACAUCAGGCUUAAUGUUAAAGACUGUGAGCUGGUGAAUAAGACAGGGGUAGAGCAUGUGACUGUGUUCACAGGAGAGUCUGUAGUUCUGCCCUGCGUCUGCACUGACCUACAGGACAAACCAAAGUCUGUAAAAUGGGAGUUUAUUGGAAUCAAUCAUGUUCAGGAAAUUUACCCUGAACAGACUGGACGUCACAGAAACAGAGUCAAACUGGUCAGUAACAACGCUCCAGGAAACCUCUCUCUACUCAUAUCAGACCUGACUGAAGAGGACCUGGGAGAUUACAGAUGUUCUGUACAGGACGAUAGCAGAGAUGUCAGAUUAUCUGUUAAAGGUACAUGUUUUCAUUAA